AUGACAGCUCCGACACAACCUCCCGUCCCCAUCUCCAUCACCAUCUGCGGCGACGGCGGAUGCGGAAAGUCUUCCAUCACCCUGCGCCUCGUCCGCUCACAAUGGACCUCCGACUAUGACCCGACCAUCGAGGACUCGUACAGCGUGACGCGCCGCAUCGACGGCGUCACCUACCACCUCUCCCUAACCGACACGGCCGGCCAGGAGGAGUAUCGCGGAAUGUGGGCGUCCUCUAACCUCGGCGCCGACGCCUUCCUCCUCGUCUAUGACAUCACCUCUCGCGACUCCCUCGAUGCCCUCCAGCACUUUAACGACCUCAUCGACAUGGAGGCCGAGACACGCCUCGACAACGCCGACCGCGCGCACCGCGCAGGCCUCCGCUCCGAGCCCCGCGCACGCACCGUCCCCCCAGUCAAGCUCGUCGCCGGAAACAAGUGCGAUCUCCAGGAGAGUCGCCAGGUCCCCGCCGCCCAGGGUUUGGAGUGGGCGCGCAAGCGCGGCUGCGGCUUCAUGGAGACGAGUGCCCGUCUCGAGGUUAACAUCGAAGAGACCUUCGCCCUUGUUGUGCGCCGCGUCGUCGAGGCACGCCGCCUCGCCGACAUGAGCCCCGACGGAACCGAGCCCAACGCCCGGGGUAUGACCAAGCCCCUGACUCCACUGCCCACCGACAGCGACACCGAGAAGCGAGCCGUGGGAGUCCGCGGACCGAAUUUAAACGAGGGCGACCGCGUCGGGAGGAACAACGGCGGCUUCUGGAAGAACCUGCGGUGCUGGUAA